GGUCUUAAUCUAGAUUUCCAAAAUACAAUGCCUGGAUCUAAUAAAAGGAGAAGAGCUGCUAAACGAACUGCAUUUUCCGAUUCAGAUUCGGGUUCAACUUCGGAUUCUGGCUCCGAGAGUGAUGGUAACUUAUCAAUGGCUGCUGUGGUCAAACUUGUGGAGAAAAAAUGAGCUCUUAGAGACGAAACAAAAGGAGAUUGAAGAAUUGAAGGACAAAGUUGUUCGGACUAUUGCGGAAACCGAGAAUGUCAUGGCCAGAACAAUACGUGAAGCGGAGAACUCGAAGAAAUUUGCCGUACAGAAUUUUGCGAAGGUCUUAUUAGAUGUUGCAGACAAUUUAAAAUGGGCUUCUGCACAUGCUAAAAGGCUGUUUCUCUAAGAUCGGUGAAUCCGAAGACACCGUCGGAGUUGUACCUCUCAUCAAGAC